GGCGGCUCCGAGGCAGCGGCGCGCGAUGGAGCUGAGCGAGAUGCUGUACAACAAGUCCGAGUACAUCGAGACGGCUUCGGGGAACAAAGUGAGCCGGCAGUCCGUGCUGUGUGGGAGCCAGAACAUCGUGCUCAACGGCAAGACAAUUGUCAUGAACGACUGUAUUAUUCGAGGAGACCUGGCAAAUGUGAGAGUUGGACGACACUGUGUUGUGAAAAGCCGAAGCGUCAUCCGCCCUCCUUUCAAGAAAUUCAGCAAGGGGGUUGCUUUCUUCCCACUGCACAUUGGAGACCAUGUCUUCAUUGAGGAGGACUGUGUUGUUAAUGCAGCUCAGAUUGGCUCGUACGUUCACAUAGGCAAGAACUGCGUCAUUGUAAGGUCGCCGGUGUGUCCUGAAGGACUGCUGCAAAAUCCUGGACAACACAGUGUUGCCCCCAGAGACGGUGGUCCCGCCUUUCACCAUCUUUUCAGGCUGCCCAGGGCUCUUCUCCGGGGAGCUCCCGGAGUGCACACAGGAGCUGAUGAUUGAUGUCACCAAGAGCUACUACCAGAAGUUCCUGCCGCUCACCCAAGUCUAGUGCUCUCCAGCCCCUGGCCCCCUGCCUCA